UCCCCCAAAUGUCAGGACAGUACAGAUAUCCCCCAAAUGUCAGGACAGUACAGAUAUCCCCCAAAUGUCAGAACAGUACAGAUAUCCCCCAAAUGUCAGGACAGUACAGAUAUCCCCCAAAUGUCAGGACGGUACAGAUAUCCCCCAAAUGUCAGGACAGUACAGAUAUCCCCCAAAUGUCAGGAGAGGACAGAUAUCCCCCAAAUGUCAGAACAGUACAGAUAUCCCCCAAAUGUCAGGACAGUACAGAUAUCCCCCAAAUGUCAGGACAG